GGUGUUGAGGUUAGCUUCCUUCCGAAUUCCCAAACCGGGUAUACGCUCAUCGGUUCCUCGGCGCUCGCCUCGACCUCCGACUCGAAGCGGCCCUCCUCCCUCGCCGGACGACGGCGACGGCCGUGGCCGUCUAACACAUCCGUGGGGAACCGCUCCCUUAGUUGGGCCUCCUCCGGCCAUGGUGCACAGCGCGUACGAUGCUGUCGAGCUGGUGGCUGACGUGCCGGGCCACAUCGAGGCCGUCGCCUCCCACGCUGGGAAGCUCCUCGUCGCGGUUUCCGACACCGAAGGCUUCCUCUGGGGCUCCGACUGCUCCUUGCGCAUCUACUCCGCUCCUUCCCCCUCCGACGGCGGCGGCGAGAUCCGGUGGGACGGGCCCUACGCGCUCGAGCGGCAGGAGCCGCGGUUCUGGCGGCGCCCGCCCUUAGCCAUGGAGGUCAGCGCCAGCCGCGACCUCCUGAUCUCGCUCUCCGAGUGGAUCGCGCUCCACCGCCUCCCCGGGCUCGAGACCGUCGCUGUCGUCUCUAGCAAGACAAAGGGGGCCAACGUCUUUGCUUGGGACGAGCGGCGGGGCUUCCUUGCCGUCGGUCGACAGAAGCGACUCACCGUCUUCCGCCUCGACAGUGGGCGAGAAUUUGUUGAAGUGAAGGAAUUUGGAGUGCCAGAUAUUCUGAAAUCAAUGGCCUGGUGUGGUGAUAACAUAUGUCUUGGAAUCAGGCGGGAAUAUAUGAUAAUAAAUAGCAUGACCGGGGCACUAACAGAAGUGUUUUCUUCUGGGAGGAUCGCUCCUCCUUUAGUUGUGCCUCUCCUUACUGGGGAACUGAUCCUUGGCAAGGAUAACAUUGGGGUAUUCGUUGAUCAAAAUGGUAAACUUAUUCAAGACGGCAGAAUUAUUUGGUCAGACACACCAGCUUCUGUUGUUAUACAUAAACCAUAUGCCGUGGCCCGCCUGCCACGACAUGUCGAGAUACGCUCUCUUAGGCCCCCCAAUGCAUUGGUUCAGACAGUUGUGCUCCGUGAUGUUCAAAAGCUUGUCCAAACUGACCACUGUAUACUUGCUGCUCUAUCUAACUCUGUUCAUGGUUUGUUGCCUGUUCCUAUUGGAGCUCAGAUAGUGCAAUUGACCGCUUCUGGAGAAUUUGAGGAGGCGCUAGCAUUGUGUAAGCUACUUCCACCAGAGGAUUCAAAUUUACGGGCAGCAAAGGAAAGCUCAAUACACAUAAGAUAUGGACACUUUUUGUUCGAUAACGGGAGUUAUGAGGAGGCAAUGGAACAGUUUUCAGAUUCACAUGUGGACAUUACUUACGUGUUAUCUCUGUACCCAUCUAUUGUUCUGCCUCAAACAAAUAUUAUAGGUGAUCAUGACAAGCUGCUGGACAUGCCAGAAUUAGCAAGGGAAUCCUCCGAUGUGACAGAUGAGAUGGAAUCAUACUCUUUACAGCUUCAAGAACCAGAUGAUAAAUCUCCAUUGGAGGUAAAGAAAAUGAGUCACAAUGCUCUAGCUGCCCUUGUGAAGUAUUUGCAGAAGAAAAGAAGUGGCAUAAUUGAGAGAGCGACGGCUGAAGUAACAGAGGAGGUGGUCUCUGGAGCUGUUCACCACAGCUUAAAAUUAUCUGAGCCAUAUAAGUCAAAGAAGCUGAGCAAGAAACGAGCUCAGACACAUACAAGCUCUAUUGCUAGAGAAAUGGCAACUGUACUGGAUACUUGUCUGCUUCAAGCUCUUAUUCUUACUGGGCAGUCAUCAGGGGCAAUAGAGUUGUUGAAAGGACUCAAUUAUUGUGACCUGAAGAUAUGCGAAGAGUUUUUGAAGGAAAGGAGAGAAUAUAUGGUUUUACUUGAACUCUAUAAAAGCAAUGAAAUGCACCGUGAUGCUCUCCAACUACUCAAUCAAUUAGUUGAAGAAUCAAAAUCUGAAAUGGAGAAUACAUAUUUUAAUAAAAAAUUUAACUCUCAAAUGAUACUUGAAUAUCUCAGGCCCCUUUGUAGAUCUGACCCAAUGCUGGUUUUAGAGUCUUCCUUGUACGUCCUUGAGCGCAACCCAUCAGAAACUAUUGAGCUCUUUUUGUCUGAAAAUGUUCCAGCAGAUUUGGUAAAUUCAUAUCUGAAGCAGCAUGCCCCAAAUUUGCAGUCAACUUACUUAGAGCUAAUGCUCUCAAUGAAUGAUACUGGGAUCAACCCUAAUCUGCAAAACGAGCUGGUACAACUGUACCUUUCUGAAGUUCUAGACUGGUACAAGAUUCUGAAGGAAGAGGGAAACUGGACAGAGAAGACAUAUUCCCCAACACGGAAGAAGUUAAUAUCUACGUUGGAGAGCAAUUCAGGUUACAAUACAGACGCACUUCUUAAGCGCCUUCCCCAGGACGCUCUUUUUGAGGAGCGAGCUAUAUUGUAUGGGAAAAUAAAUCAACACCUCAGAGCUCUCUCUCUCUAUGUUCACAAGCUUCAGAUGCCAGAGCGAGCAGUUGCAUAUUGUGACCGUGUUUAUGAAGAAAGAGAACAACAACCGUCCAAAUCAAAUAUCUAUUUUAAUCUUCUACAGAUUCAUCUGAACCCAAGAAAAGCUGAAAAGGAAUUUGAGCAGAAAAUUAUUCCAGUUGCAUCACAAUACUCUGGAAUCCAAAAGGCUAGUGCUACUAAGCCCAAAGGGGGUCGCGUAGGUAAAAAGGUUGUAGAGAUUGAGGGGGCUGAUGACAUACGCUUUAGCCCCAGCGGAACAGAUAGUGGCCGAAGUGAUGGUGAUGGAGAUGAUGUAAAUGACCGAGGCCCUAUAAUGUUAAAUGAAGCACUGGAACUGUUGAGCCAACGGUGGGACAGGAUAAAUGGUGCUCAGGCUCUUAGGCUGUUACCAAGAGAUACUAAACUCCAGGAUCUUGUAUCAUUUCUUGAGCCACUAUUGCGUAACUCUAGUGAACAUCGGCGCAAUUAUUUGGUUAUCAAAAACUUGAUUUUGCGGGCAAACUUGCAGGUCAAGGAGGAUCUGUAUAAUCGGUGUCAAGCUGUUGUGAAGAUUGAUGGAGAUAGUACGUGUUCUCUUUGCCAUAAGCGUGUUGCAAAUAGUGCUUUUGCAAUAUAUCCAAAUGGACAGGCUUUGGUGCAUUUUGUCUGCUUUAAAGAAUCACAGCAAAUUAAGGCCGUCAGAGGAGCAAACUCUGUGAAACGUAGAUAAUAUGGCCGUGAUCCAGGUACACCCUUGAACGGGACACUGACAAAUCAAUAUCGAGGUAAUUGUGCACUAGUAUGAUGGAUGACUGAGCAACUGACUGUUGCAGAUUUUUUAUCUCGAACAAGUCAUAUAUUUUCUGUAUUAAGGGAAAAGGGUAAAGAACCCAUACAAUAUACCCAAACCGCAAAAACUCCCACACCCACAAACUACAUCAAAUCACAAGGAAAUAGUUGCGCCCUUGAAUACAGUAGCUGUUUUCCCUUACCGCUGUAAGGUUUAUCAUCACCCCCCUCACAUACCACCAUCCUGUUAGAGCAUGUACGAUGGGGUUGUUUGCCCAAAAAAAUUGGUUUUGUUUGCCAUGUCAUUUGCACAAGAUGCUUUUAAGGAGCAGAGUAAUGCAAUGGCUACGAAAAUAACCUGAAACUUUGUAUGUGCUGACCUGUGUUAUUGCAGUAAUUCUUCUAUAUUAGAAUAACGGGCAAGUAGAUCCAAAACAUUAGGCCAAUCUCAAGUUGAAGUUUCAUACAGUUUUCAUACUUAAUUACUACAGUGCCACGUCAGGAAAAAUAUUGGGGUGGUAUGAAAAUUAAGAGACGUGAAACUCAACUGGCACAGUUACCUAGUCAAUGAAAUCUGCUGCAUUGAGAGUGUAAUUUCAUCCCCAUGUGUUUUGCCUCAUCUCAUGUGUCUUGCAUCUUUGUGUGCGUUGUUUUCAGGUCGGGCGACCAGCUGGUCAUUCCAGAGGACCGACCAGGCGCCUAAUCACGAUUAGGGCGACAAUUAGGACGCUUAAUCGGUCCUGGUCGACCUCUGGUCGUCCCCUAAUCGUCCUAUAUAUUUCUGGGCAUAUGUAUAUAUAAUAUGAUAUAUGUAUAUAUAAGCAAUACUGCAAUAGGCAUUAUAUAAGUCUGAAAGUAUGAAAUUGAAACUGAGUAACAGACUGAAAGGCAAUAUAGACAUAUAGCACUAUAGCAGAACUGAAACUGAAAUAUGGAAUACAAGGCUACAAGCAGUAAUGCAGUACCUACUACCUAGAGCAUAUCAUCAUCCAAGCAAAAAGCAGCAGCAGCUUCUCCAACAGAUUCAGAUUCAUCAGAAUUUAGACAAUAGGAAAGAUAGGAAAGGGGGAGAAGGGGGAACCUUGAGAUGAGGAGCUCAUCUCGUCGCUAGUGUUUUGGAGACGCCGCCGGUGUUCUUGAGCUGCUGCUGGUGUUCUAGAGCCGCAGCCUAUGUUCUGGACUCGGCAGAGGAGAGGAAAAGUUUCAAGGGGCGGUGGCGCAUUGCCUUUAUACUACUGUAGAUGGGCCGAAAAAAUAGAAGCCCAGUAGCCCACUAGAAAACCCUAGCCGCCUGGACAAAUCCUGGUCGAUUUACCAUCUAGUCGGACGACCUGAUACUCUAGUCGAGUCAUCCGGCUGAUCGGCCACUACCAGGCGACCUGCCCGACUAAUCGCGAUUAGUCGGAUGACUUGAAAACAGUGUUUGUGUGCACCAUAUCUUUCAUGAUUAUCAUGCACUAUGUAAUUUAUUUUACAUAUGACCCUGUUAAUAUAGUUGUAUUUAUAACAUACAAAUGUUGAACUAAAUUAAACUAUUCUCGUUGACAUUUUUUUAUGUUAGUAUGUACUUUAUAGUGCUGCACUGCUGGAAGUGGCUUUAUUGCUCAAAUGGCAUAUUCGCAACACCAUGUAACUACAUAAUGCUGUGACUGGCAUAGUUAUUAAGGCGAUUGACCCUUUUUUUACCUUUUAAACGGAAAGGCGUAAGGCGAGGUGACGCCUUACUCCUAUAUAAAAUAUAUAAAGAUAGGAAAAUAUAAGAAUUAAGUGAGGUGUUUAUAGAAAUAUAUAAUAUAAUAUACUUGCACACAAAAUUUAGGUUCUGAACGUCCAUCUAGAAGCCCAUUGAUUCAUAAACU